GCCCUGGCUUUUUGGCACCCCUUUACUAGUUUGAUGAGAGUUGGGGUCAACAAACUGUAUGCAAAGGCCACUUGCAGUCUGUUUCGUAUGGUCAAACCAUCCACUGCUACAAAAACCUUGGGACACUAUGGAGGUUACUUGAGAUGACCUCAAAAAGUCUUACUAAGACUGACUAUGCAGAUUCUCGGUCAUCCAGGUCAUGGUUGUCCCAAAGGUGCUUUUUCACAAGGCAGCUGGCCUUUCUUCUUUUUUCUUUCUUAGUGCGCAAGAUUUCAAGAAAUGUUGUAUAAAAACAAAGAGGCCAUCUUAAUAAAGUUUCUUGCAGUCUCACAGAACUAAAUGAAAGAAGAAGAAGGAAAGUGUCAUUUGGAUACUUUGCAAGUAUUUGAUGUUUUUUUAAGUAGUAGUUGCAUCGGAAAUUACAAUUAAAUAGUUGAAAAUUAAUACAAACUAACUAACAAAUAAAUGAAAAAUAAAAAGUACAGAAAAGAAAAAUUGAAAAGAAAAGAAAGCUGUAUAUAACUGGACAGGGCGCAAGGGGAAUGACGCAAUCGGGUGAGGAAGGGGUGUUCAAAUGAGAAGCCCCCCCCUCUCCUUCGCAAGCCUCUUCAGGACCACCCACCUCACACAGCCUUCUUCUGAAGCCAGCUGCUUCCCACCAAGACACCUGCCGGAUGUUGGGGUGUCCAGCAGUGGGGAAGGGGCAAAAUAGGGGAAACUCUGCUUCAAGCACACCCAACCAGAAUUCAGCUCCUAGAAGAAUUGACCCUCCAGUAGACACAGACCCCCAACAAGUUUGGAGAGCGAAACUGGGCAAUGAGGGCUGCAUUGCCCAGAGGGGUGCAAAGGGAGGGGAUUUCCUGCUUGGGUCAAGGGGGUCUCAGAGGCCAAAUGUGCCUGGGCUGCUGGCCUAACAGAACACCAGCAAAAGGAGAAGUUUCCAUCUGCCUAUAAAUACUGCUCGCUUGAGCCUCAGUCCCAAAAGAACAGGAGACGAGUCACGGGACAAAAAGAGCAAACUUCUCUUUUUGAUUUUCAGAACGGACGAAAAGAAAACACCAGAAAAAAAGAGGAGAAAGAGAAGGAAUAAUGGAGAAGGAGAAGGAGGAGGAGAAGGAAAAGUGAUAGAGGAGGAGGAGGAGGAGGAGACAAGAAGAGUAGGAAAAGGAGAAGGAAGAUGGUGAAGAGAAGGAAUGAUGAUGGAGAAAGAGCAACCCUCUUCGGCUGUUAGGACUACAUAGUCCUGGGCUGGCCGGACAUUCCAGGGCUUGUAAUCGGAGUCAUAGCGGGGAGUGGCCCCGGGAGGCCGGCCGAGGAGGAGUCCCGGGCAGGCUUCUUUCCCAGGACGGUUAUACAACCCCGGAACUUCCGAGACGCGGCUCAGAAGCCUCCGAAGAAGCGCUCGCCAUGGGAGACCCGGUCCUGGGCUGGGCGCUGGAAACUUGGGCGCUGCUCCUGCUCCUCCUGGCCCUGGGGCUGCUCUAUGGGACCUGGCCGUUUAAUUUAUUUAAGAAGUUGGGAAUUCCUGGGCCAAGACCACUGCCUUUUAUCGGAACUUUCCAUGAAUAUCGGCACGGUGUCCUGAAGUUUGACCAAAAAUGCUUUGAGAAAUACGGCAAAAUCUGGGGACUAUUUGAUGGCCGGCAACCUGUGAUGGCCAUUCUGGAUCCUGCCCUCAUUAAAACCAUCAUGGUCAAAGAAUUCUAUACUUAUUUCACCAAUCGCCGGGACUUUGGUCUGAAUGGAAAUCUGGAUACAGCCUUAUCUAUCGUUGUUGAUGAACAGUGGAAGAGGAUUCGUAGUGCCUUGUCUCCCACUUUCACCAGUGGGAGGCUGAAGGAGAUGAUGCCCAUCAUCAACCAUUAUAAUGAAAUCUUGGAAAAGAACCUUCAAAAGAAAGUGGAGAGUGAUGAAGCCAUAGAUAUGAAGUUGAUCUUUUCAGCCUACAGUUUGGAUGUGGUAACCAGCACUUCAUUCAGUGUCAAUAUUGACUCCCUCAACCAUCCCAAUGAUCCUAUUGUUGUGCACAUGAAGAAGUUCCUCAGAUUUACCCUGCUCAACCCUGUUUUAAUGUUGGCUGUUUUUUUCCCAUUCCUUAUUCCAGUGCUGAACAAGCUCAACCUAAGUAUAUUUCCCAAAUCUUCAUUAGACUACUUCCAUGGUGUCGUCAAAAAAAUCAAAGAAGAUCGACAAAAGGGGAAUCACACGAACCGGGUUGACUUUCUUCGGCUCAUGAUGGACUCUCAAGCUGCAGCCAAUACCUCUGGGGAGGCAAAUUCAGAGAAAGCUUUAACAGACACAGAGAUUUUGGCCCAGUCAGUUAUUUUUAUUUUUGGUGGCUAUGAAACCACGGGAACCGCCCUCAGCUUCAUGUCUUAUUGUCUGGCCAUGUACCCUGAUGUUCAAGAGAAAUUGUACCAAGAGAUCAAUGAAACUUUUCCCAAUCAGGCCCCUCCCACUUAUGAGGGUAUCCAACAAAUGGAAUAUCUAGAUAUGGUAGUGAAUGAAACAUUUCGUCUUUACCCUCCCGGGGUACGAAUUGACAGAGUUUGCAAAAAGACAGUGGAAAUCCAUGGAGUGACCAUCCCAGAAGGGACCGUGGUUAUGAUUCCUGUUUAUGUCCUACAUCGGAUCCCAGAAUAUUGGCCUGAGCCCGAGGAGUUCAGACCUGAGAGGUUUAGUAAAGAGAACAAAGAGAGCCGAGACCCGUAUGUCUUCCUCCCUUUCGGAGCGGGUCCCAGGAACUGCAUCGCUAUGCGUUUCGCCCUGCUGGUGCUGAAAAUGGGUCUGGUGGUUGCACUGCAAAGAUUUCGCUUCCAAACCUGCAAAGAGACACCGAUCCCCUUGGAACUGGAUGACAGAGGGUUCCUCAAGCCAAAGAAGCCCAUUAUGUUGAAGUUGGUGCCCAGAACUGUUGUAGAACAUGAGGAAUAGAAGACCUGGAGGCUGCAAAGAGGCUGUGGUGUGUCCUUCCUUCCUUCCUUCCUCCCUUCCUCCCUUCCUCCCUUCCUUCCUUCUUUCCUUCCUUCCUUCCUUCCUGUUGUACCUUCAUGUUACAUAACAGUAGCACUCUGAAUCUAUAGAAUUAAAUGCCUGUUUAGACAUUUCCUCAUGCAGUUUUCAAGGAAUGUUGGAUGUGCCAGUUAAUCUUGGGAUCCCUCCAGUCUUUGCUUAAAAAAACAAUAAUAAACCUUCUUAUUUAAUAUACACAUCACUUGAUGCCCAAGCA